AUGAUCGCUCAUAUCUCAGCAAUCUUAUACAUCAUUUCUACCACCGAACAACCACUCCCCAAAAAAACCUUACAAAAAGGAAUAGCUGCUUGUAAAACCAACAGCAACGGCGAUUUUUUAACUCUCAAAUACACUCUUUGGUUACCAAACACCAUUAACGACGACGACGAUAAUUACAUCGAAAAAAUUCACCAAGAAACGACCUACUUCACAACAGGAAAAUUUACUAUACUACCAGACAAAACUUUAGAGCUUGUCAUAUCAUCUUGCAAAACUCUUCCAAUAACCAAAGAAGCAAUACCAACCUGCAAACCCCUAAUAUGCCUACUGGGUAAAGUAAAGGAAUCCUGCAACACGACAACAUCGGGCUAUCAUAUGAUAUUAGAAGUAACACCGUACUUAUCCGCCGACAUGUGCGCACCAAUCGACGUCGUAUUAACGCACCCACCAGAAGGUCGUCUCAAAAAUACAUUUACAGCGGCAAGAAAAUACUCUACGAUACACUGUAAUGGCGAAUUAUACGUAAUAGAAGGACAACUAUAUUGCGACGUCAUAGAGAUACAAUUUGUCAGUGCCAAAUCUGAACCUACAACACCGAGUAAUAUUCCCUGGAAAACAAACAACAGCGAAAGUAAAAGCAAAGCAGAAUAG